GAAGUACAGUCGAGUGGAGUCGGACAGCCCUUCGAGAGAGAAAAAAUAGAAAAAAAAAAUUUGAGGGAAAAAAAAUCGGUGAAUCCAAGGGGUUCGGGCGGAUUUGGACGAAGUUUCCGAACUGUCCCAGCCCGGAGGAGCCUUGGGGGUUGAAAGGGAAUCGCCAGCACCGAAAUAAUGGACGAUUCCCAUUUCAACUCAUCAUACUUUUGGUCUCCCGUACCAACAGUACAAGGACAGAUCGAGAACGCCAUGUUUCUGAAUAAGAUGAAGGAGCACCUUGGGCAGGAGAAGAGCGUCUCUUUUUCGCACUCGUCCGCGGCGCACUACCCGACGACGGUGUUGACGGUGCCAGGGUCGGUCGCAAUGGACGUGGGAGCGGUUGGGAGGGUGCCCAAACAAGAGAGUGGAGGAGGCGGCGCUGGAGGUGGGGGAGCAGGGGGACAAAUGGGUGGCGUGGGGGCGCAUCUGCACCCGCCCCACACGUCCCAAAACAUCACUGUGGUGCCUGUCCCAUCUACUGGCAUCUUAACAUCAGCUGGGUUAGUGAUCACGACUCCUCAAGGCACGCUAGUCACUUCUCCUUCUUCCUCUCAGUCUUUUAUGUCUGGACCGACCACCACAACUAUGAUUGUGUCUGCAUUGCAUCCAUCAAACACAGAUAAGAAAGAGGAUGGCAGUAUUUCAUCUGCUGUGGUCAUGCCAGUGCCGGCGAAGCGUGGCAGAAAGAAAAAGUCCAUGAUGUCAAGGGCAGGCUCUGUUUCAGCCCACGCCCUCGCCACAGGAAGUGAUGCACUUAUUCUGGCCCACCUGGCUGCUGGGGGACAGCACAACACAAGCGACCCAUACGACCUCUCCAAUGAUGAGGAUGACCAUCCAGGCAAAGAUGGGAACAAGUCCUACAGAUGCCGGAUGUGUGCGGUGACUUUCUUCAGCAAGUCUGACAUGCAGAUUCACGCCAAGUCCCACACGGAGGCGAAACCGCACAAGUGUCCUCACUGCUCCAAAUCCUUUGCCAACUCCAGCUAUCUGGCACAGCACAUCCGCAUCCACAGCGGGGCUAAACCCUACACCUGUUCCUACUGCCAGAAAACCUUCAGACAACUCAGUCACUUACAGCAGCAUACACGAAACCACACAGAGGGCAAACCGCACAAGUGUCCUCACUGCUCCAAAUCCUUUGCCAACUCCAGCUACCUGUCCCAGCACAUCCGCAUCCACAGCGGGGCUAAACCCUACACCUGCUCCUACUGCCAGAAAACCUUCAGACAGCUCAGUCACUUACAACAGCAUCACAGGAUUCACACUGGUGAUCGGCCAUAUAAGUGUGUCCAUCCUGGCUGUGAGAAAGCAUUCACGCAACUUUCCAACCUCCAGUCUCAUCGAAGACAGCACAACAAGGACAAGCCAUACAAAUGUCACAAUUGUAAUCGUGGUUACACAGACGCAGCGAGCUUGGAGGUUCACUUAUCUACACACACCGUGAAACAUGCCAAACUCUACUCCUGUGGUCUCUGCAACCGAGCCUACACAUCUGAGACGUAUCUGAUGAAACACAUGCGUAAACACAACCCAGAUCCUCUGACUGUUGCGGCUGCAGUGGCUGCCCAGCAAGCCCAGCAGGGCCAAAACCCCGGUCAUCCCUCAGGUGGGGGAGGCGGCAGGGGCCGCGGGCGGGGCAGAGGCGGUGGAUCUGCGUCUACAGGAGCCGGAACGGCUGCUCAAGCGCAGAACCAGCCAAAUCCCACACCGCCAACCAGUUACUCAGUUACGGAGGGAAUUUCCUGCCCCUUCGAUCUGCAUCAGUACAAAACCCUACCAGGUGUAGAUAUCCAAUAUAAACCCGUCACCGUGGGCGAUUUGACGGUUCACAAAGACCUCUGCCUCACCGUUUCCACCUCCGCCAUCCAGGUGGAGCAUAUGAACUCAUAAAGGA